AUGGGCAUCCUAAAGAACCUCGUCAUCGCUACAACAGGCACUCAUACCUACCCGCCCAAACAAAUACAAGGCUGGAUUGAACGCAAUGGCGGCCGCUACUCGCCCACCGUUCACGAGGGAGUCACCCACCUCCUCGCCAGCGAAGAAGCCUAUAAGUCCAAACAACGUACUGAAGCAGUGCGCCAAGCACUCUCCCUCUGUAUUCAAAUCCUCAGCUACGACUGGCUUGACGAUUCCCUGAACGCUCGCAGGAAACUCCCUGUCAAGAGUUAUGCGCGUGAGGUUCUGAGCGACAAGCGGCGCAUGGCUAAGAAGCUGAAGAGACUCGGGGCCGAGGCUGAUGGUAAGAAGUUUCGGGAGGGAUGUGAGGAGAUUAAGAAGUUGACGGGUUCAGAAGCUGAACUGAAGGAUCCUUCACAUCCCACCCCGAGUCCUACAUUGAGCAUCAAGUCGGCACAAGCCCCUUCUUCCACACCCGAUGAUUCAAGAACACAAGCUAAAUCUCACUGGAAAGCCGAAUACCACUACUACCAAGACACCACUGGUUUCGACUACAAAAUCACUCUCGUCCAGACCAACGUCUCCAACACCGUCACCGCAAAAUACCACAUCGGGCUACUGGAAAGCCACACAAAACCGCAUACGUACUGGGGUCUGGCACAGUAUCAACACCUCUCCACCACCACAACCACCAACUCAACCUCCUCCCCCGCAAACCCCGACCCGGCGAAUCCUCAAAAAGCCCACGUCGAAUCCGAAAAAUCCCGCCUCCUCUCCCUCAUCUGCCCCCCACCACACAUCCACCCCCUCUGCCCCCGCAACUCGCCCUUCACCACAGCCUGGCGCUCCUUCCGCCACGCCUUCCACGACCUCUGCCUCAUACCCUGGGAAUCCCGCUUCGACGCCCACGCUACCUCGCUGCAAAAACGCGAAGCCGCUAGGCUAAACGCUGAGCCGUAUCGCUAUGUGAGACCGAGAUUAGGUAUGCCGGUUGGUGUGUUUCCGCAGGCUGCGGGGUUAUUUGCGAAUGCGAAAAGUGGGAGUGUGGGGGCUGGUGGUGGUAGUGAGGAUGCGGAGUAUGUUAGGGGUCAGGUGGGUAUUCCGUUGUUUGAGGGGUUGGAUGAAAAAGGGUUGUUUGGGGCGGUGGUGGUUAGGGAGAGGGAGGGGGAGAGAGUGAGGGUUGAGGAGGAGAGGAGGAAGAACGGAGAAAUUGGGGUUGGAGUUGGAGGUGAGGUGCUGGAGGGGAAGAAGAAGAGAAGGAGGAGGGAAGGGGGAAGGUUGGGAGAUGGGGUUGAUGGGAGGGGCUUUGUUGCGCCGGAGUUUGCGCAUUUGUUGAGGGGGGUUGGGGGGAAGAAGUGA